CGCGAUCGCAGUUCGAUUUAUCUAUUUCCAGUAAUCGUUUCGCGACUUGUGUGAUCAACUACCGUCGCCGGUAGAGUUUUUGGGCUUCCCGUGCUUUGGGCACGACGAGGGUCUGAUUAAUUGUCGGUGGCCCCAAGUUGACGUCACAUGGAGCAGAUUUGAGCAACCGAAUUUUGUAAUCUUCGGACGGUUUCGAACGCAUGCGGGCGACCUAGUGCCAAAUGGUUUGGAAGCUGACUGUCGGUGGAACCGGUUAUAUUGCGCGUACUGCGGUCCGACAGCCGAAGCUUGAGUGCUAGCAGAGCAAAGUGUUAGCUUUGCGUGUCAAGAAUCUUUUUCAGUCAUAAUUUGUAGGACCUGACGUACGGUUCGCAAUGAGGUUGAUAUAUGGCGCUCUGGUGGUGAUUAGUUUUGGUGUGCUUACUAGUGGGAGAACCUCGGAACGGCUUAAGGUUAAACUGCCCCACGGAGGAUCGCUGGUCGGACGGUAUCUGACUUCAUUUAGUGGUCGGGGGAUUCUGGCGUUUUUGGGCGUACCCUAUGCAAAGCCACCGGUCGGAGAACUAAGAUUCAAGGCUCCACAACCGUUCGAGGCGUGGAAUGGCGAGCGGUUGGCGAUCAUCGAUGCUCCUCUCUGUACCCAGCGGGAUCCCUACCGCAGGGACGAUGUAAUCUCCGGUGUCGAGGAUUGUCUUCAGUUGAACGUGUACGUUCCGGAGAGAAUCACCAGUGAGGGACCGCUUCCGGUGAUGGUGUUCUUCCACGGUGGUGGCUGGCAAUGCGGCUCCGGUACCAGAGGAUUCUACGGUCCGGACUUCUUGCUGGAACACGACGUGAUCUACAUUGGGGCAAACUUCCGGUUAGGUCCGCUAGGGUUCCUGAGCACCGAGCAGGAAGACUGCCCCGGAAAUAAUGGACUGAAGGAUCAGAAUCUGGUGCUUCAGUGGAUUCAGAAGAACAUUGCCUCGUUUGGGGGUGACCCCGAUUUGGUAACAGUGUUUGGAGAGAGUGCAGGUGGAGCCAGCGGAACAUAUCACAUGAUGUCGCCCCUGUCAAAGGGGUUGUUUCACAGAGUUAUCUCACAGUCCGGCGUAAAUCUGGACUCAUGGGCUCAGCCAACUCACAAAGGAGUAGCCAGGAAGCGGUCGGUACAGCUGGGAGAAAUGCUGAACUGUGAUCAGGGUCGGGAUGGUCGAUUCCGAGAAAUGUUGAAUUGCUUACGGAAGGUUUCCGCGGAGGAUGUGACGAAGGCAUUCUAUGGAUUCUUUGAGUGGGAUACGGAUCCGAUGAUUCCGUUUCCUCCCGUUGUUGAACCGGAUCUUCCAGGGGCGUUCAUUACCAAGCACCCAAGGGAUGAGUAUGAACCACAUGCCCUAGGAUUGCCGUGGAUGACUGGUUUAACGUUGGAUGAAGGAGCUCUCAAAAGUGCCUCGCUUAUUAAUGUACCGGAGCUUCGAGCUAGCCUCAAUCAACAUUGGGAUAGAGCGUUGCCAUUAUCGCUGAAUUAUGAUCAUCAUGAAGACCUUCACAGGCAAGAAAUAACCGAGGCAAUCAACAAAUUCUACUUCAACGACCGAAAGUUGGUCAAAGAGACGGAACAGAACCUUACCAAUCUAUACUCCGAUGCGUGGUUCCUGGCCGGAAUGGACGAAUAUUUACGAAUCCGGCUGACGGAGAGCAAUAGCGUUGCUGGGAGCGUGGGUCCGACCUAUGUGUAUCUAUUUGCCCAGCGGACGGCCGCCAGUUUUACUGAAAUUUUCGAAGGUGGCAAGGAAAAGUAUUAUGGUGUUUGCCACGCCGAGGAACUGCAGUUUCUGUUCCCGAUUGCCAAAGAUUUGUUCGUGACGGCGAUUCCGACACCGGAAGAACUGCAAGUUCGAAAAGUUAUCACCAAGCUGUGGGUUAAUUUUGCCCGCUCGGGAAAUCCAACCUCAUCCAAUGGAGACGGAGACUUUUUGCCAGACUGGCCAACGGCGGACGGGUUUCCGUUAACGUAUUUGCGAAUCGGGAGCCCCGCUGAUGGGGAGCCACUGUUUGCGGUGGAGAGCGGUUUCUUCGAAGAGCGAUCCGCUUUCUGGAGAAGGCUCCGUGCACAUCAUCCCUCGGAAGGUUCGGUGAAAGAUGAGUUAUAGUUGGUAAUGGGGUAGUUUGGGGUAAACAUUUAAAAUGCUCGAAGGUA